CAAUGCCAUCUGUCAAAACGUUGGUCAAACAGACACAGGGUCGAGGUUACUACAGAGAGGGGAUCGUAAAAUCACUUAGCUCGGACAGUUCAUGGAGGUCGUGUAGCUACUCUAUUCAUACCUCAGUGAUUCUAACGGCCGCAACAAGGAAAUAUUAGCUAGCAAGUUGAUAGCACAUUAGCUACGAGACGAAGACUGUUGCCAACUAGCGCAGCUGUGUUUCAUCAAACUGUGUAAGUGGCAAACGAAUCGGCAUCAAAAAGUAUUAAUUAACCGAUAUUUGACACUCUUAAUCGCAAAUUUGUACUGAAGAGUGGUGAUGGACUUUCUCGCUGGCUGCAUUGGCGGUGCUGCCGGAGUCUUAGUAGGGCACCCUUUUGACACGGUUAAGGUGAGACUCCAGGUUCAGAAUGUGGACAAGCCUCUCUACCGCGGGACCUACCACUGUUUCCAGUCCAUCGUUCGGCAGGAGUCGAUGUUUGGGCUGUACAAAGGCAUUGGCUCCCCCAUGAUGGGCCUAACCUUCAUCAAUGCCAUAGUGUUUGGAGUGCAGGGAAACGCUAUGCGUUACCUGGGCCACGACACCCCUAUGAACCAGUUCCUGGCCGGGGCCGCAGCCGGAACCAUCCAGUGUGUCAUCUGCUGCCCCAUGGAGCUGGCCAAGACACGCAUGCAGAUGCAAGGCACUGGGGAGAAGAAGUCUAAGAGGAAGCUCUACAAGAACUCCCUGGACUGUCUGGCCCGUAUCUACAAGCGGGAGGGGCUGUCGGGGGUGAACCGUGGCAUGGUUACCACGCUGAUCCGAGAAACCCCCGGUUUUGGGGUCUACUUCCUGGCCUAUGAUGUCCUGACUCGCUCCAUUGGCUGUGAACCUGACGACCCCUACAUGAUCCCCAAACUGCUAUUCGCCGGUGGGAUGUCCGGGAUUGCCUCUUGGCUCUCCACCUAUCCAGUGGAUGUGAUUAAGUCCCGCCUCCAGGCGGAUGGGGUGGGUGGGGUCUACCAGUACACCAGCAUCGCUGACUGCGUGCGGCAGAGCGUGAGGAGGGAGGGGCUCAGGGUGUUCACGCGAGGUCUUACCUCCACCCUGCUCAGGGCGUUUCCCGUCAAUGCUGCCACCUUCGCCACCGUCACGCUGGUGCUGCUGUACGCACGGGGAGUGGAAGAGGGGCCCAAAGACUGUGAGCUGGGGCUCCCCAACACAGCUCACCACACACAGCUACCGCAGCAGACCCAGGCUUCCAGCUUGUGAUCUGAGUCUGGAGGUGUUAUUCCCACCAAAGCUGCUCUACUGUGGGGUGGGGGAGGCGACUCCAGGCCUUCUAGGCAGCGUUCCUCUGUCCAGUGUCUGUGUUCUUUUGCCCAUCUUAAUCUUUAAUUUUUAUUGACCAUUCUGAGGUAUGGCUUUUUCUUUGCAACUCUGCCUAGAAGGCCAGCCUCCCAGAGUCGCCUCUUCACUGUUGACGUUGAGACUGGUGUUUUGAUGGUACUACGCUGUAUUUCUAAUCAAUUUGAUGUUAUUUAAAUAGACUAAAAAUUUGCUUUUCUUUCAAAAACAAGGGCAUUUCUAAGUGACCUCAAACUUUUGAACAGUAGUGUAAAUCUAUAGAUUUGCAGGCUAAGACUGGACUUGACUUGUAUAUAUAAUUUACUUUGGGGGGGGGGGGGGGUUAUUUUGUAUCAUGUUUAAAGUAACUGUUAUUUCCUGCCUUAUUACAUUUGAACAGUUUUACUGAAAUGGAGAAGUCGAAGCACUGAUAUCUUUGGAAGAUGUGACAAAAAAGACUGAGAUUGAACCCAAAGUUUAAUAUGCCACUUUCUCUCUCAGACCAUAGUAUUGCUCAAAUAAACCAAGAGUUAUGGUUAAGUCGCUGGUACUAACCGGUACAACCACAUGUAUACUAACAAGCACUGUAAUGGUAUGGUUAUGCAGUUUAUCCUUUUAUAGCUCUGUCUUUGCACAGUAAAGUCCUAACUGAAAAGCAACCUAUAAUGCACCUGAGCGAUAUCUGAAAGCUGAAUGAAAGCCCCGAAUGUGACGUUUUGUGUUUGAAGCACAAGUGUGAAUCCCUAUUAGAGUUGGCAAUAAUGUAAUGUGUCUUGUGUGUUUUGUUUUGGGACAAGGCUUGUGUUUUACUGAGUAAUGGGAAGUUUUGUCUUUGGUGUUUUACUUGUGUAUAAAUGUGAGAUUCAUUGUAUUUUGUUUUUAAAGAUGCAAUUGGCAAAAUGUCUAAAUAUUGCAAAUUCUAGAGGAUUUUUGUGUGUGUUAUUAUUUGAGCCGGAAUGUUAACUAAUAUAUCUGUCUCUUGUUCCUCAUAAUGUAGACUUUGGUAUAUCUGUUACUGUUAACUCCUGUCAUUUUAGAAGAUAUGUAAUGGGGAGUUGAUAUACAGCAUCAGUCAACAUUUUGGACACACCUACUCAUUCGACAUUGUAGAAUAAUAGUGAAGACAUCAAAACUAACACAUGGAAUCAUGUAGUAAUCAAAAAAGUGUUAAACAAAUCUAAAUAUAUUUGAUAUUCUUCAAAGUAGCCACCCUUCGCCUUGAUGACAGCUUUGCACACUCUUGGCAUUCUCUCAACCAGCUUCACCUGGAAUGCUUUUCCAACAGUCUUGAAGGAGUUUCCACAUGCUGAGCUCUUGUUGGCUGCUUUUCCUUCACUCUGCAGUCCAACUCAUCCCAAACCAUCUCAAUUGGGUUGAGGUCAGGUUAUUGUGGAGGCCAGGUCAUCUAAUGCAGCACUCCAUCACUCUCCUUCUUAGUCAAAUAGCCCUUACACAGCCUGGAGGUGUGUUUUGGGUCAUUGUCCAGUUGAAACAUCCAUAUGGGAUGGUGUAUUGCUGCAGAAUGCUGUGGUAGCCUUGCUGGUUAAGUGUGCCUUGAAUUCUAAAUAAAUCAUUGACAGUUUCACCAGCAAAACACCAUCACACCACCUCCAUGCUUCAUGGUGGGUGCCACACAUGCAGAGAUCAUCCGUUCACCUACUCUGCGUCUCACAAAGACAGCGGUUGGAACCAAAAAUCUCAAAUUUGACUCAUCAGACUAGAGGACAGAUUUCCACUGGUCUAAUGUCCAUUGCUUGUGUUUCAUUGCCCAAGCAAGUCUCUUCUUAUUGGUAUCCUUUAGUAGUGGUUUCUUUGCAGCAAUUCGACCAAAUAUUCUGUAUACCGCCCCUACUUUGUCACAACACAGCUGAUUCGCUUAAAUGCAUUAAGAUGGAAAGAAAUUCCACAAAUGAACUUUUAAGCAGACACACCUGUUAAUCAAAAUGCAUUCCAGGUGACUCCCUCAUGAUGCUGAUUGAGAGAAUGCAAAGCUGUCAGGUUGGCUCCAGUUAAGACUCUCUACAAUAAGAUGCAUUUUGAUUUGUUUAACACCUUUUUUUGGUUACUACAUGAUUCCAUAUAUGUUAUUUCAUAGUUUUGAUAUCUUCACUAUUAUUCUACAAUGUAGAAAAUAGUAAAAAAUAAAGAAACUCUGGAAAGAGUAGGUGUGUCCAAACUUUUGACUGGUACUGUAUGUUUUUACUGGUUUGUGAGAUACUUAGUCGUAUUAGCAGAGAUUGGUAGAUCUCUCUGCGAUGUGUAUGAUGGGGACAUUUUGCAUGCUGUUCCUGUAUGAGGGUUUUCAUAUAGUAGGCUAUACACCAGUGGACCUACAGUAUGGUAGCUUUGACACAGUAUUCAUGUGUUAUUAAUGACUGUUCUCUCUUAUUCCUUCACUGUGGAGGGGAGGGAAGAACACACACACACACACACACUGAAUUGUCUCUAGUGUGUUGCUGCAGUAAAUAACUAUCAUUGUCAUAACCUUCUGAAACAAAGGAUUCAGGAAAAUCUACGAUGACACCACAGUAAUGUUCUUUAAAAGAGCUAUGACAUCAUAAUGGCGUUCUCUAAAACAGUGACGUCUUAAUGACAGUCUCUAACAUAUCCACGAACAUAUCCACAUGUACUGAAUUGUUGAAUGUAACAAGAUGUUACCCCCACAAAAUGGUCUCUGACUUUUACCAGGAGGAGAAGAAACAUGUACCAGAGACCUGUAACAAUCAGCUUCUCUUCUAAAUAUUUUGGUUGGUUCGAGGUAGUUUGCUGCUUGGAUAGCACAACCCUUGAAAUACGGGUGUCCUGCAGUCUGCUGAAUUGGGAUUGUGGUUGUGGGGUAAUUGUUAGAGUUGCGUAAAUUCGAGUCUGGUAUCAGGAUAAAUAUAACAAUGAGUCACCGAUUGUAUACUAUGUAUUUUUUUAUUAGCUAAGCAAUAAAUGGCAAAUGCAACUUUCGUAUAUAUGGGCUCACUGUAAUACCACGCAGGGCAGAACAGGGAACUGACAGGAUGUACGUAAACAGUGUUCUUAUACUGUGAUAGGCCAACAGACUGGUUGGAACAAUGUCUAUCACAGAGGCUGAGCGUGGUUUAGACUUGCUCAGCCUAUCGCAGGCGCUCAGGCGGGUCCCUGCCUCUUGGCGCUUCUUGGAAUCCUCCCUCCGUCGAUGUAUAGAUUCUUACUGUUCUGGUAUCGCAGCCUAGUUAUAACAGUUGCUCAGUUCCUGCUAUUGUGUUGUUCAGUAUUUUUCCAUCUCAGUUAAACCUUGUGUUGACCACCCCUCCCUAUACCUAAUUGACCACAACUUUGUAAGAUACAGCAAGUCACACCAUGUGCUCAAUAUUGUUACAUACAAACACAAGGACAAAGCAUCUGCUGGGCUGUUAUCUACAGUUUUGCAACAUGCAGGUCACAUCAUGUUACUCAGUUCUUGUCACACACACAAACAAGCAAGUAGAUGUAGCAAGCAGUUGUUUAAUCUCAUGAUGAUGCUCAAGUGCACAAAUGCAGAUACUUCACACAGCCAACAUCAGAUAAUAUUUAAUCAUAUAUAUAUAUAUAUAUAUGGUAAAACACAGAAUCCCACAAAUAAUAAAAUAAUAUGUUGCUGAGUGACUCAGUAUGCCAAUCAGUUUUUGCCAUUGCUAAUUGUUCAUUUUAAUAUUUUUGAUAUACUGUAUCACAUUGUGUUUGUCACCAUAAUGUUUUAUUGGGCUUUGUUGUGAUCAUUUUAAUGUUCUCAUACUCCUCCAGUCCUGGACACGAGGCUAAAGUAAAAAACUGGUGUAUGAAAAUGAUUUGGACUUUGGACUGGGAAGAUGCGAACAAAGUAUGUGAUUUUGUGUGAUUAUAAUCUGUUAGAUCAUUUUGAAAGGGGGAAUGAAAAUGUAAAUAUAUAAACCUAUAUUUUUCGAUCUGUUAGUUGUGAUGUCCUCAAUGUUUGACUUUGAGCAGAAUAUUUUUUUUUGGCUUUCUCUUAACUUGUGGGUUUUGCUGUUACAAAGAUGAGCUUGGAAAAGGAAGAUUCAAAAGAUGGAGACACUGAUAUAUUUUUGUAACAAACUAACAACGCUGAGCCCAGUCAGUGUAUCUCAUGCUUUGGUUCCUCAAGGUUGACUUUUAGAACAUUUGAAUAUCAAUAAACGACUGACUCAGAUUAA